AAACAAACAAACAAAAAAAAACUUCCCGUGAGUAAGCCUCGGCGGGAGGCUCCCCGCUUCCCUGAAGGAGUUGGUAGUUUCCGUUCCUUGGGCGAGGUUGCCUCUUGCGAGGGCAGCACCUGUUGGCGCGCACGGACAGAGACGCGGCGGUGCUGGGCACCAUCGGAGGCGAGGCGAAGCGGAGCGAGCUGUGCGGAGUCCCGCUAAAGAGUUCAGAGGGCGAAGCGGGCUUGGAAACGAACGCGUCUGGGAGCAAUUUACACCCCCAGCCCUCCUUCCCUCUUUCCCGGCUCGAAGUCCGUACAAAGGUUGGGAAAUGGAGACCUGGAGGACGCGUCGACUAGCCGCCGCGCUGCCCCUGUUGUGGUUCUUGGGCACCGCCUGGAUUUUAGAUUCUGCCAUCGCAAUACAGGUCAGUGUGCUGAACCCUUUCAACGUAGCCAUCUUAUUUCAACCUGUGACUCUACAAUGCAACUACCAGACUUCAGCAACUCAGCCUCCUAUUGUCUUGUGGAAAUACAAAUCUUACUGCCGAAGCCGUAUAGCUGAUGCCUUUAAUCCCGGUAGCCAGGAGAGCCAGCUCAACAACCAGCUACAAACGAACAAUCCAGGAUAUAACCCUUAUGUGGAAUGUCAAGACAAUUCCAGGACUGUUCGUGUUGUGGCCACCAAGCAAGGCAAUACAGUGACCCUGGGGGAAUUCUACCAGGGCCGGCGCAUUACGAUCACAAAUGAUGCUGACCUCAGCAUUGAGCAAACCGCUUGGGGGGACAGUGGUGUUUAUUACUGCACCGUGACCUCUUCCCAAGACUUGCAAGGCAACAACGAAGCCUAUGCUGAACUCAUUGUAUUGGGCAAGUCCUCCGGUGUCUCAGAGCUUUUGCCAGGCUUUCAGAUAGGGCAUAUGGAAGAUUGGGUCUUUGUGGUCUUGGUUGUGCUGGCCUUCUUUCUGGUCUUCCUGCUCCUUGGAAUCUGUUGGUGCCAGUGCUGCCCCCAUACCUGUUGCUGCUACCUGCGAUGUCCUUGUUGUCCAGAGAAGUGUUGCUGCCCCGAAGCACUGUAUGUAGCAGGGAAAGCUGCAACAUCUGGAGUCCCCAGUGUUUAUGCACCCAGCAUGUAUGCCUCCAGCAAUCCAAUGAAACCACCUCCCCCAGCCAACAUGAUCCCUAUGGGCCCAAUGUCUCCAAUGUACAAUGGUUACGGAAUGGAUUAUGAUAGAGCCAGCUCAGUUGGUGGAAACAGCUCCCAAGUGCCUCUCCUGAGGGAUACAGAAAGUGUGGCAAAUGCUGCUGUACGCAGCGGCUAUCGCAUCCAAGCCAACCAGCAGGAUGAUUCCAUGCGGGUGCUCUACUAUAUGGAGAAGGAGCUGGCCAACUUUGACCCUACUCGCCCCGGGCAGCCCAAUGGGAGGCUUGAGAAAGCCUCCGUGAUGAGUGAGCUCAGCUCUCUUCAUGAAGAUGACCGUCGUUACGAGCUGCGGCAAGGCAUGGGGAGGCUGCGUGGCCAGGCCAUGUCUCCCAUCAGUGACCUGGAGGAGGAGAGCGUACGGAGCAGUGAGAACCGGCGCUUGCUGCCCCCCGCCACUUGGCGUGACCGUUAUGAGGACUCCCCACCACGGAGCUAUGGCCGACGCCCACGUUCCCGCUCGGUGGAUGCUCUAGAUGACUAUGAACGGGAUUCCUACCCUUCCCAGCACAGAGGUCGGGGCCAGCACAGCUCGGACAACGAAUGCCAUCACCGCGAUUAUUCCCCUGACUCCCGUUACGACUCUGAGCGCCACGGUAGACGCCGAAGUCGAAGUAGGGAUGACUUGCGGGAUCUGGAGCGAAUCCAUUAUGAUAACCGGCUCCUGGAGGAAGCACUGCGGAAGAAGCAACGGGCAGGUAGCCGUGAAGACCUGGAUCGUGGAAGCACCUCCAAUGGGAGAUCCGGCCACAGGAAACACCAGGAUGAAGAUAGCAAUGGCUUUCCUCCUCCACCACCACCUCCAUACACAGAGACCGAAUCUGUGUCUUCCCGCAGCAAGGAUGACCGCAAGUUGCGAAGGAAUCAUGCUGUCAGCAGAGAAAGCUUGGUGGUUUAAUUCUUUCCACUCUUUUCUGGAAUACGAAUGGCUAUAGGAACACUCUCCAUGUAUCAGCAUCGGUUUUAUUCAGGAGAAUAAAAGAGAAAUGGGACAGCAUUUAUGUUGGAUCUAAGCAGCCAUCAAAAGAACAGGCUGAUGGGUCACCUCUCAAUGUCUUAGCUCAUCUUCUUCAGAGGCAGGCUAGGAUCCUUCAAGAUUCCUUAAGAUUCUUAGUAUUAUAGACAUUGUAAAAUACAUUUUGGGUACCCCUUUUGAAUUUCAGAACUAUCUAUUUCUGAAUGUGCUAUUCUGGAAAGAGGAUCAUUUCAGAUGUGAUCGCUGGAUACUGUUCAGACAGAAAGAAAUUGUUCAUUUCAUUGAACACCACAUGGACACCUAGCUUGCCUUUUAUUCCCUCCACCGCCUGUAAUUUUGAAGAGGAUUCCAAAGAAGAUGCAUUUAUAUAUAUAUAUAUAAAACCUUUUUUAUUCUGAUUUUAAAGGAGUUCUUUAAACAUAUUUGAUACUUAAAUAAUGUGACUGUGUGUAUAAUUUUAGGUUUUUUUUAGAAUCUGAGUAUGAAACUACUGAUGCUGUAAAUAUUUACAGUGAUAAGUGACCAAGGUUCUUUUUACAAUUUCUGUAUUUUUUU